ACAGACUGAGUUUUGCCCUGAGGCCUGUGUUUUCUGUCCUCAUAAUCUUUUUAAUCACUGUGCAUAUUAUUAGCAUCUAUCAAAUCAUACACCUAAAUUGUCUCUGCCUCUGUUAUAUCUGGGCUCCCCACUGUGCAAAAGUUCAGGUGGAGUCUGUUCACCUGGUCCUAGGAAUUAAUGCUUUGCCUUCAGAAAAGCGGUGUUUUCAUCAGUAGUUUUUCCAGCUAGUGUUUCCCACCCAGUUCACUAGGGGAGGAGAUAAAUCUCACAAAAUGCCUUCCCUUUAACGUUCUCUCCUGAGAAUGAAGGUAGAUACAAUGAUAAGCCAUUCUGUGGUAUUUAAGGAGUGGUUUUUCAUAACUGGAGAUUAGUUUCCAGUUAUUGUGUGCCAUAGUUUUUUACAUGAUGUUUUCUUCUAUCAGCUGAUCUUAUUAUUCCUCAUUUCAUGAGCUUUUCUCUGUACUCCAUUUCUGAUGCAGUAUUCCAGGUGCUGUAGUUCCCCAGGUUGGAGGUGGGAGGUGACAUUGUGCCUGGAGGGUGACAUGGCCUUUGUUCAGUUGUUGCUGUGAGUCUGGGGUCAGGCUUUCCCACCCUUUUGCUGUGACCACUUUGUAGGUUUCAGUGUUCACUUGGGUCAGGCUUCACAUCGCGUUUUUAAGGUUGAUCUGAUUCAUAUUCAUGUAAAUGAGGUCAGGUGAUGAGUUGUCCAUAUCAUUUAGUGGUUUCUGUUCACUUCCUGUUGACUUCUUACCCAGAGGAAAAUAUAACCAAGAUAUUUUCAAAGCUUAGUAUUUGAAAAUGUGUUAUUAAGCUGUCAUACUACAUUAAGAGUAUAGGAGAAAUCCAUACCUUGAUCAGAAACAAGAACUGUAAUGUAAUUCUUGCCUCCCUUUUCAGAAAGGACAGUUGUCCCGAAGUUUAGAAAAGACUGGCUGUUAGGAGUCUUACCAGAUGAAUGUGUUCUGUUCUCUACUUGCCGCUUGUCUCAAGUCUGAAGUCAGGCCUCUCUUAUCCAGCACUCUAGGAAGCUGAGGCAGGAGGAUCACAAGCUUCAGACCAGCCCGGGCAAAUUAGUGACUUAAGACCCUUUCUCAAAAUUAAAAUAAUUUUUUAAAGGUUUGGGGAUGUGGCCCACCACAAAGGUUCUGAGUUCAGCCCCCAUCACCACCAGAAAAAAUCCCAAAACUCUGAGGUUAACUUGUUUUAGCACAACUCUUCCAGAGGGUAGAUAACCUUUCCACUCAGCACUCCUUAGUGUUUAGUAUCCUAGUCCUGGCCAGGUGAUUGCCACGGGCUGUUUCUUCUUACAUUCCAGCCAGUCCAACAACCCUGGCCCUGGCUGUCGAUUUAUUCUGGGAAGGGUAAAGGGCAACAUCAAAGAAGAAAGUUUUAUGCAUUUUAACCAUUCAGUGUGAGUCAUCCUUUGGAAUUCAAAUACGAUCGAUGUUCUAUCCUCAAAUAAUAGAGUUAGUUAAUCAAAUUGUUGAAACUAGCAUUUCUUCUACUCUGCCUGGGGAAUUAAACCUCAGACUUACACGUAAUGUUUUCUUUAUCUCUUCCCCAACCCUUGUUGAACCCAAGACCUUCCCACAGAGCUACAUCUCCAGCCCUUUUUAAAUUUUUUCUAAGUCAUUAAAUUGAUCAAGCUAUGCUCAAACUUGGAAUCUUCCUGCGUCAACCUCUGGGAUUACGUGUGUCUGCCACCUGUUCAUAAUGUUCCCUUAAAUGUGUUAUUGUCCAACAAGUGAUCUCUAACUUCAGUCCUUCUCUCAUUCAGCAAAUGUUUUAUGAGCUACAAUGAAAGCAUAGCACACAGCUAAGGAAACAAGGUACCAGAUAUCUGUGUCCUUGAUCACAGUGCUUUGCUUUGGGAAACUAAAUACAUAAGUUAAAUCAUAAUAUAAGGAAUGUACAAGAAUCUGACCUGACUUCUAGAUUCAGACAGAAUACAGCUCUACGUGUCACUUCUCCACGUGGACAGUUGCCAAAUGUUUGUACAUUCCCAUUUCCUCGUUAUAAAGUGAAAGUAAUUAUGAUACCCCGCAUGAUGGAACUGAGAGUUUCCAAGUUCUUGUGUACGGCAGGCAAAGAAGUGCAAGUGAACAUCCAGUGGCGAAAUAAAAAGCAUUUCCGUUUAUUGGCACUAAUGAGAAAGUGUGCUCCGGGCAGGUCCGUCCGUCUGUCCGUCCCUCCGUGACAAGAAACAAAAAGGGGGCAUGAACAGAAAAGUGAGGGCACCGCAGAGGAAUCCGAUUUUAAAAGGCCACCUGGGGGACCUCUCCCUGGGUCUCGGCCCGGUAAGAUUGACAGAAAUGAUUGACAGGGUGCUGAGCACCUUAGCGGCACCAAAAUACGCAUGCCUGUCCCAGAACUCACUCUGAUGGAGCGUCAUACCUGAGAUGCCAUUGAUGCCUGCCCAUGGUGUCAUGUUGAAUGCUGAGCCGUGCGAUUCUUCCCUUACUAUUACUGAAUACUUUGUGCCGUCUCUGAGUGGGAAAGAGGAGACUGAAUGCUGAAAAAGAGGACACCAGCCCAGCCCUGACACAGUUCACAAUCCAGUGGAGGAGGUGGAUGACUGAACAGUGACCAAACUGGAGUGAGGCUUGCACCUUCUCUUCCUUUACAAGAAGAUUUUGUUUAUCACUGGAAGGCAAUUACCCAUUACUACAUAGAGACUUCAGAUGGGAAGAGAGUGAGAGCAUUAAGUGGCUGACUGCCCAGUGCUAGAAAGUACUGUAGUAGAAUGCAAAAACGGAGCCAGUCCUGUCCCUGUAUCUUGGGCUACUCAACUUAAUGUUCAAGAACAACCUAUAUCUAUACCAAGAGACUGAAAAUUCAGAUCUUCUGAACUGGCUAAAUGAUAAAGCCCCAGUGACUGAUACGAACAUUCCAUCCCAUCUGGAACAGAUGUUAGAUAUACUGGUUCAAGAAGAAAAUGAAAGGGAAUCUGGAGAGACGGGGCCAUGUAUGGAAUAUUUACUCCAUCACAAGAUCUUAGAAACAUUAUAUACCUUGGGGAAAGCUGAUUGUCCUCCAGGAAUGAAACAGCAGGUUUUGGUGUUCUACACUAAGCUUCUGGGGAGAAUCCGGCAGCCACUGCUUCCACACAUUAACGUGCACAGGCCUGUGCAGAAAUUAAUUCGACUCUGUGGUGAAGUGCUUGCAACACCAACGGAAAAUGAAGAGAUUCAGUUUCUCUGUAUUGUGUGUGCAAAGCUGAAACAGGAUCCCUAUUUGGUUAAUUUUUUUCUGGAGAACAAGUUGAAGUCAUGGGCUUCUAAAGGAGCACCAAAUAAAAUUUCAGAAGACGCUUUAAAAGGUCAGGAUUCCUUGUCAGCUGGUACAGGACAGUCCCGAGAGCAGGAAGAGCUGUGUGCAGCUGCUGGAGCCGAGCCCGCAGAGCUGGAGGACCAGCCCCCAUCCGACGAAUUGCCCGAGAGCUUGGGUGACCUCAGUGCCACUGCCCUGCCAGAGGCCUCUGUCGUCCGUCCAAACCAGGAUUAUAAUUUAGUGAAUUCUUUAUUAAAUCUUACCCGAAGCCCUGAUGGCCGAAUAGCCGUGAAAGCAUGUGAGGGCUUGAUGUUGUUAGUAAGUUUGCCAGAGCCCGCAGCUGCAAAGUGCCUUACUCAGACCACUUGUUUGUGCGAACUGCUGACCGACAGACUCGCCUCCCUGUACAGGGCCCUGCCUCAGUCCGUGGAUCCCUUAGAUAUCGAAACAGUGGAAGCCAUUAACUGGGGCUUGGAUUCAUAUAGUCAUAAAGAAGAUGCUUCAGCAUUUCCAGGAAAACGAGCCUUAAUUUCAUUUCUUUCCUGGUUUGAUUAUUGUGACCAGCUCAUUAAGGAAGCACAAAAGACUGCUGCUGUUGCUCUUGCCAAAGCUGUUCAUGAGAGAUUUUUCAUUGGUGUUAUGGAACCUCAGUUAAUGCAAACUUCUGAGAUGGGUAUUCUCACAUCAACUGCUCUGCUUCAUCGCAUUGUUCGGCAAGUAACCUCUGAAGUUUUGCUUCAAGAAAUGGUGGUUUUCAUCCUAGGAGAGCAGAGAGAACCAGAGACUCUUGUAGAAAUUAGCAGACAUCCUUUAAGACAUAGAUUAAUUGAACAUUGUGAUCACAUAUCUGAUGAGAUAAGCAUAAUGACACUGAGAAUGUUUGAACAUCUUCUACAAAAACCCAAUGAGCACAUUCUUUACAACUUGGUCCUAAGAAAUCUUGAAGAAAGAAAUUAUACAGAAUGUAAGCCUCUGUGUCCAGAAGACAAAGAUGUGGUAGAGAAUGGAUUAAUAGCAGGCGCAGUAGAUCUGGAAGAAGAUCCAUUAUUUACUGACAUUUCACCAGAUAAUACUUUGUCAAAACAAGAGUGGCUUAGUUCUUCACCUCCCAUUACGCCAGACCACCCCAAGAAUGACGGAAAGACUGAAGUCCAUAAAAUUGUAAAUAGUUUUCUUUGUCUGGUACCGGAUGACGCAAAAUCAUCCUACCAUGUUGAGGGCACUGGAUAUGAUACCUACCUCCGAGAUGCUCAUAGGCAGUUCCGGGACUACUGUGCUAUCUGCUUAAGAUGGGAAUGGCCUGGGUCUCCAAAAGCAUUGGAAAAGUGCAAUUUAGAAGCAGCUUUCUUUGAAGGUCAUUUUUUGAAAGUUUUAUUUGACAGAAUGGGAAGAAUUCUUGAUCAGCCAUACGAUGUGAAUUUACAGGUGACUUCGGUGUUGUCCAGAUUGUCCCUCUUCCCUCAUCCACACACACACGAGUACCUUUUGGAUCCCUACGUGAACCUUGCCUCUGGCUGUAGAUCCCUCUUCUCUGUAAUCGUCAGGGUUGUUGGAGAACUUAUGGUUCGAAUUCAGCGUAUUCAAGACUUCACGCCUAAGCUUCUAUUAGUUAGGAAGCGAUUACUUGGUUUGGAACCUGAAGGCCCUGUAAUCGACCACAACACGUUGCUAGAGGGUGUGAUUGUGUUAGAAGAGUUCUGUAAGGAGCUGGCAGCAAUUGCGUUUGUGAAAUACCAUGCUUCCUCCACACCAUAAAUAACAUCUUUCAGGUCACUAGGGGAACUGAACUAUCAUGUGCAUUUCAUCAGAAAAGACUCGGUUCCACGCAGCCAAGAGAGGAUAAAAAGGCUUUUUACAUGAAGUAUUGCUGUGAACUGGACAGAACCUUUAAGAACCUUUUAGGUGAACACUCUGGGUAAAAUGUGGGAUAACGUUUUCAUUGGCUUUAUCCUAAUGGGUCUCUAUUUUGUACAUUGCUGAACCCAGGAUACAAUCAAAGGAACUUCAGGAAAUAAGCAUUUCUGAUGACUAUGUGAACUGCCGAAAACUUCCUGAGGUCAUGACUUUGAAGAUAUUUCUGUUAUCUUAACAUCCUUUUAGGUAGCAAGGCAUUUUGACAUUCUCUGGGACUCAAAUGCUUAUAUUCUUUUGGAUUAAUAAGUAGCAAAAAAGUCACUAAUUUUAUAACUUUUUAAGGUUUAGAUUCUUAUCAAACAAAAUAUUUAAAACUGUAAAUGAGGAAAAAUAUAGUUCAGGAACCAUCUAUGAAUUGUUAAUUAUAAUAAAUAAAAAUGUGUAGAGCAGCAUUAACUUUCUUUAGCUUUUCUAAGAAUAACAAUUUAAUAUGAUAAAUUCUUGAUUAAUAUAUAUUUUUUAAAAAACAUUCUUUUACUCUCUUGUGCACAUACCCAUGUUAGUAAUUAAUUUUCAUCUAUGGGUCCCAGUUUAAACUGUCAUUUUUGCAACAACAUUGAAUUUAUGUUCAUCAUUGGUAGUGUUUGCUAAAAUAGUAUUUUUAAGAUAAUAUGUACUCAGUUGAGGGCUUUUCUUUUUCUCUUUCCCUCUCUGAAAAUUGUUUUAUGAAAUUCUUCAUAAUUGAUUUUUUUUUUUAUUGAAGUGCAUGGUCGUGUCCAGGAAGGCAACAAUCAGAAUGCCAAUGGCCUCUUAAUGUUUACAUUUUUUUUCAUUUCAUUUUGUUGUCUUUUGUCUUAAAUGAUUCUAAAGAGAUGAAAGAAAGCAGUCUUUUAAACGUCCUGUUUACAUGUUGGAGGGUUCUGAGACACUGGGUGUGAUUGCAUGAGGCACAUGCAGGAUGGUCUGGUUUGGCCCCUGUGUGACGCACAGUGGGCUGUGGUAACUUUACAUCAAGGAGUUUGCUCAAGGAGUGUCCUUCUGUUCUUUCUUUAAGUGAUGCUUAUUGUCCUGAUAUUGCUUAAAAGCCUUUUUUUUUUAAUGAAAUGUUAAGCAGCAGCACUUUCCUCUUUAUCUUGCUGUUUACUGGUUUUGGGGGAGAUACUGUCCCAUACUGUCACAUGUGCCAUCUUGGGCCAUCUUGAGAGGAGCUGUCUCAGCCCUGUGAAAGCCGUUUCAGGUGGCGUGUUGCAUGCAUAGUGUGUGGCGUGUGCUCAGAGGCACGUUUUAUGCUUAUCUGCUCAUUUUUAGUAGUCUUUCUGAUUUAUAGUUAGCUUUUGCUAUUUAUUAAGAACAAAAUAUCAAGAUUAUGAAUAGUCUCAGCUUUAAAAUGCUCAUCAUUGUUCAAACAAAAGACUAAAUUUUUAAUUGAGUACAAAUCUUUCUUAGCUUGAUCUAAAAAAGUCAUUGAGUAAAAACAAUGAAACAACAAAAAAGGGAGUUAAAUGGUGUUCUUUUUGUGAUUUUGAAUGAUGGGAAGCAUUAUUUAGUUUGGAGUAUUUGUUGAUCAGUUUAUGCAAGGAACACUGCAGCAUCUCCAGUCUACUUUGAUAUGGUUGUAUUUAACAUGAGGCAUUAAGAGAUAUUAGAUAUUUCUUAAUGCUUUCACAGUGCUUAAUGGGCUCAAUAGCAAUGAUGUUACCUCUCAAACCAAAUACUCUUUUUAUCUUUGACUUUCACAAUGGAACCUUAUAGCUAAUCCAUGAAACCAAGCUCAGAAAGGCUUUAACUCAUAUUUGUGUGUGUGUAUGUGCUGCUUCUGAAAAUACAGUUUUCCUAAGUUACUGUCAUGACUUUGAUGUAAUCAGCUAAGGCUUAAGGUUUCGUUUGUUUUGCUUUUCUCUUUUCCGUAUUUAGUUUGGACCCAGAGGCAGCACAAGUUCUUACAUUGAGUUGAAUUUGUUAAUUUAGCAAAGCAUUGUACUACAUCACUGGUAGUUUUCUUACUGUCUCUCCGAAGCUGAAUAUUUCUACUCAUUGCUUGUAAGAACAGUGACUAAAGUGCACUGUGUUGGGCAGAAAGUGCUAUCCUAACAAUUGAUUGCCAUAGCAGGUUCCAAACUGAAUUUAGUUUUGCUUCACGUUUGUAUAACUAGGUAUGCACAUCUUUUAAAACUUUCCAACAGUGUAGUCUUUGGGUUUACUUUUAGUAAUGAGGCACAUUCUUUACUUCAUAGAACUCAGAUUUGUCUUAGCCAAUUAUCACUGUAGUACUCACAAUAUAACAGUGUAAUGUUUUCAUAAUGUUUCUGUGCAAUAUGGAAGCUGUGAGUGGUUUCACAGCUUUUGGGUUUAAUUGUAUAUUACUGUGUGUGUACAUGUGUAUAUAUAUGUAUAUAUAAGGACCAAAAUCCUUAGCUUGCUUACACUGUUGCUAGUGUAAAGAUUGUUACACUUAAUUUUACAGGGCACAAAUUAUGGAAUUAUUUUAUAAAUUCAUGGUAGCAUUUCUACAAAUUAUUGUAUUACUAUAUAAUUACCAUUUAAUUAUCAAGUUAAUAGGUAUUGACAGAAAAAGUUACAGUGAAGUGCUAAAACCACAAAUUACAUGGUAAUUAUAUUUUGGGUUGUACAAUAAAUUGAAAUGUGCUGUCAUUGUGACAGUUAAUAUGCUAAAACAUGAUAGAUUAGUCAUACUUCUGGGCCCUGUAAAAUAGUGUUACUGUAAUACUUUGUUGACCUCCUGCCUUGUUUACAUUAAACAGAGGACAGUUGAUGAAGUUUUCUAUGAACAUUGUGUGGGUCACUGACAGUGUUAGUUACAAAGGUGUGAAAUUCAUGGGCCAUCUCAUGGAGAAGCUCUUCCGAUGGUGUGUAUCCACCCUGUCUUCAGAGGGGGUUGUGAUCAUGUUCAACUUUUUGUGCUAACAAUGCAUGCAGGACUAAGAGGGAUAAUCAAACAAUAAAUAAUGUAAUUUAAGCAAA